AAAAAAGGAAGGAAGGCUCUCCUUCUCUUUCUUGGUGUUUCUGUUUCUCUCUCUCCUCACACAGAAACAUUGCUCCCUUGCCGAACCCCAACUUCUCAAAAUCCCAUACACAACACACAACACACCUUACUUCUUUCAUUCAUUCAUUCCCAAAUCAACCCUUCCUUCUCCCUCAAAAACACUCUCUCUCACUCUCAAUUGGAUCUGAUCUAACUCACAAUCCUUUCCACUUUAAAGCUUGAUCUGAUCCAUUUAACACAAUCAGGGAGAGGGGCAUUUUCAUUGAAAUGGGAAUGCCCAAUCCCAAUCUCAACAACUUCAUUAAACCAUGAACAAAGCCGUCGUGGCUUCAGACGAAGAACAUCAUCAACAUCAACAAGAGUUCUUCUACGAAUCCCACGACCGCUUACUCUCACUUUCUUCCUCUUGUUCUUGUUCCAACUCCAACUCCGACCAAGAAGAAGAAGAACAAGAAAACAAUAACAAUAAUAUUAAUAAUAAUAAUAACAAUAAUUCUACUUACAAUUUUGCCCUUAACAGUUACGACAUAUGGAUCUCCCAACCCUCCUCCGUAUCCGAACGCCGAACCCGUCUUCUCCAAACCAUAGGUCUUUCAUCCGACCCUUCCCUCUCUCGUGGAAACCCUAUCCCUCCUCACAAUGCAAUGUUCCGAUCCAAAUCUGACGGUUACAACAAUAAUUCUAACGAUAACGGUAACGCCAACAACAACACUUCUUUUCUUUCUCUUAAUUCCGUCACUGUAAAUAACCCUCUUCCCGCUAAUUCCGGCGGAUCCCCCGGUAAACCUCCAUCCGGGAAGAAUUCUAGGAGAAGUCAUUCCGGUGCCGAUUUUUUGCCCGGAACUUCGGCUUCUGCUGCGGCGGAUACGACGGAGGUGGCGGUUUCAGGCGAAGUUGAAUGUGACGAGGUUGAAAAAGAGAAAGAGAAAGAGGAAGCUUGUACCAUUAGAGAUCUCGACAAUGGAAAGGAGUUUGUUGUGAAGGAGGUUAGAGAAGAUGGAAUGUGGAAUAAGGUGAAGGAGGUUGGUACUGGGAGACAGUUGACUAUGGAGGAAUUCGAGAUGACGGUCGGCCAUUCUCCGAUUGUGCAGGAGCUUAUGCGGCGGCAGAAUAACGAGGAUACCGGAGAUGGAGUCGGUGGUUCUGGCGGCGGCGGUGGUGUUACUAAUGGUAAUGGUAAUGGAAACUCUUCUAAGGGGAAGAAGAAAGGUGGGAGUUGGUUGAAGAGUAUUAAGAAUGUUGCUAGUUCAAUGGCAGGUCAUAAGGACCGGCGGAGUAGUGACGAGAGGGAUACUUCGUCGGAGAAAGGUGGUAGGAGGUCGAGUUCGGCUACCGAUGAUAGUCAGGACGGUUCGUUUCACGGACCUGAGAGGGUUAGAGUGAGACAAUAUGGGAAAUCAUGUAAAGAGGUUACUGCAUUGUUUAAGAGUCAAGAGAUUCAAGCUCAUAAUGGUUCAAUUUGGAGUAUUAAGUUUAGUUUAGAUGGGAAAUAUCUAGCUAGUGCUGGUGAGGAUUGUGUGAUUCAUGUUUGGCAGGUUGUGGAAUCUGAGAGGAAAGGGGAGUUGUUGCUUAUGGAGAAACACGAAGAUGUAAAUGUUAAUAUGUUAUUUCUUGUUAAUGGGUCGCCGGAACCGGCUUUGGUGUCUCCUUUGGCAGAUAAUCUUCCCGAAAGGAAGAGAAAGGGUAGGUCGUCCGUUAGUAGAAAAUCGUUGAGCUUGGACCAAUUUGUUGUCCCUGAAACUGUGUUUGCACUUACUGAGAAACCCAUUUGCUCCUUUCAAGGUCAUUUAGAUGAUGUGCUUGAUCUCUCGUGGUCUAAGUCUCAGCACCUGCUCUCAUCUUCAAUGGACAAAACAGUGCGGCUGUGGCAUUUGUCUAGCAAAUCUUGUUUAAAGAUUUUUUCACACAGUGACUAUGUAACUUGCAUCCAGUUUAAUCCUGUUGAUGAUAGAUACUUCAUUAGCGGAUCGUUGGAUGCUAAGGUUCGCAUAUGGAGCAUUCCUGAUCGGCAAGUUGUUGAUUGGAUUGAUCUUCAUGAGAUGGUCACUGCUGCUUGUUAUACACCUGAUGGUCAGGGUGCACUAGUUGGUUCAUACAAGGGUAGCUGUCAUUUAUAUAAUACAUCUGAAAAUAAGUUGCAACAGAAAAGUCAGAUCAAUCUGCAGAACAAGAAAAAGAAGUCGAAUCACAAGAAAAUUACUGGUUUCCAGUUUGCCCCAGGAAGUUCAUCUGAAGUACUUAUCACAUCUGCUGAUUCUCGAAUUCGGGUUGUCGAUGGUGUUGAUCUGGUUCAUAAGUUUAAAGGCUUUCGAAAUGCAAGUAGCCAGAUUUCAGCCUCCCUCACAGCAAAUGGCAAAUAUAUUGUUGCAGCAAGUGAGGAUUCCCAUGUAUACAUCUGGAAAAAUGAAGCCGAUUGCAGGCCUAACAGGAGUAAAGGUGUCACCGUGACACAGUCCUAUGAGCAUUUUCACUGUAAAGAUGUCUCAGUGGCCGCUCCCUGGCCUGGUAUGGGUGAUACAUGGGACAUGCGUGAUACAUUUUCUGGAGAACAACCGGAGCUUGAUAACAACAACGACGAAAUCACAUCAGCCAAUCAUCCUCCUACACCUGUAGAGGAAAACUUUGGUAAUGAGGGUUCACAGUCUGCUUCAGGUUACAAUAGUCCACACCAUGCAACCAUUGCAAGUGCAACAAAUAGUUACUUUUUCGAUAGAAUUUCUGCAACAUGGCCAGAGGAAAAACUUCUUCUAGCUGCAAGAAACCAAAGCCCUCGUGUCAGUAUGGAUUUCUCAAAUGGGGUAAGUCAAAAAAUGUCAGCCUGGGGUAUGGUGAUUGUUACUGCUGGUCUUCGAGGUGAGAUUAGAACUUUCCAAAAUUUUGGAUUACCACUGCGAAUAUAAGAAGCGAUAGAAUAUGCGUGGCUAUAUGGCAUGGCGGAGAUUGAGUUGGAUAUCAGCUCAUAAGGUAGUUGACAUCACCUUCUCCUUUAGUUGGCAAAAACCUGUACAGAAAAGUGGGUGAGAUUUGUAAUAUUAGCGGGGUUUCGUUUCAUUUCAUUCCUUGUUCUUGUGCUUAUUGGAUGAAGAUAGGUUAUCAUUCCAUUCAUGCACUUUAGGAGGAAAAUGGGGGGAAACAUUGUAAAAAAAAAAAAAAAAAAACAAGUUAAAAAAAAGGGUACACCAGGAAUUUAGAAACCGAUGGAUGUAAUCGGGAAAUGUAGAGUAACGCGAGUAUGGGAAAAGCUUAUUGAAAUUAGAAAUGAUGAUUCUUUUACACUUGUUGCCUUGAGUUUUGUUAUUAUGGAAUUCAAUAUGUUGUUGUCCAGGUAAAUCAGUAUCCAAUAAAUAGCAUACAUAGAUGCAAGUUUAAGCGUCA